AUGCUGUAUACGGAUCUGUUGCGUCUGUGGGACGAGGCGGUGAGAGCAGUGGAUGCGAGAGACUGGCAGGGCGCCCUCUCCAAACUCAACCAGAUCACAGACCACACCUCACGCACCCUGUUUGUGGCUUCCUCUGUCCACCUCGCCCUGGGUCAGCUGGAGCUCUCCAUCAGGGCAUUAGACCAGGCCCUUGCCAAAGAUGAGAGACUGGCUGUUGGUUUCUUCCAGAGGGCCGGCGUUCAGAUGAUGGCAAACAGAUUGGAAGAGGCCCUCUCUGAUUGUAUAUGGGCGCAGAAACAUAUGAGAGAAAACCCCAUCAUUGAUUACAGGCAGCUGGGUUUGCGCUACAAACUCUACAGCUGGCAGGUCUUGUACAAUGCAGCGGCUGUCCACUGCAGAAUGGGCCAUUGGGAAAAAGCCCAAGAAAUCCUAUUGGCCGCCUCUCAGGAGAAAGGAGGUGGGCGGAGCAGUCAGGUAGACCAGGCGCUGCAGAGUAUCUCCAGGAGGGAGGUUUUUGCCCCGCUCGUGCUGCCUGAGGGGGAGGUCUUCCGCCCCAGGAAACAGGAUGUGGAGCAGCUUCAGCAGCGAGACUUUUUGGGUAAAGCUAAGGUCAUCACCUCUAUGAUCCCCAAUGAUGAUUUUGGAGGAUUUGAGCCUCUCAGGAUGCAGAAACCAGGCUAUUAUGAGCCCAAAAUGGAGGGUGGCACGGACUCUCGUUACAUGCGUGUAAAGAGCAUGUACAUGGCUAAGGGAGCAGGAGAACUGACCGUGCCCGCAGGCGCUCUGGUCUUUGUUUUCCUUGAGGAGGACAGAGAUGGACUAACAACAGUCAUCUAUGAUGGAAAGAAAGGCCUAGUACCAAAGUUCCUGCUUGAACCAGUUGACAUGAAGAAAACCAAAACCAAAAAGAAGAAAAAUAGCGUGCCCAGUGGAAUCCCUCUCCCACCCGAACGCCAGCCACCCGCUCGCCCAACAAGUCUCGUAACACCACCCCAGGAUUUGCCCCCCUCCUACGCCAGCACCACAGCCGCCACCCCCCCACCCCAGUACCUGAGUCCUGCUGCUUCUGAGGAGAGUAUUAGCUCCCCGUCAAGUGAGGAGUCCAACACGGUCGUGGUGAAAGUUCACUUCAGGUAUACCGUGGCGCUGAAUGUUCCCCUGGAGACACCGUACAAGGAACUACAAGGGAGAAUCGGCAAAAAAUUAGGCCAGCCCGCCCAUCUCCUGCGCCUGAGGCACAGACAGCACAGCUCUGUGGCGCUGAAACCUUUGGAUGAGGUGGAGUGUCUGCGCAGUCUGGCCGAGGCAGGCAGAGCCACGCUGUGGUGUCAGACUGAAGACCCACUGGAGAACAGGACCAUUCUCUACCAGAUGGUGGCGCUGUAUGACUAUCCAGCACAGGGACCGGAGGACCUAGAAUUCAGUGAAGGAGACACUAUAGAUAUCCUGAGUGAAGUGAAUGAGGAGUGGCUGGAGGGACACACGGGUGGAAACAUCGGUAUUUUCCCCAGAUGUUUCGCCUACAAGGAGUCGGACGGCAGCUCGGACAAGCCUCAGGAGCUGUUAGAGGCCUCGGCGCUCUGA